ACUUAAAAGCAGUUUUUGCUGGCAGAAAAGAAGAAAUCAAUCUAGACAAGGAAGUCAUUGACACAAAUGUAAAUAACCUCUUACAAUAGCAACCUUUCUUCCAAGUUGUUUCAUUUCACUCCAAUAACGCAUGAAGAGGUUUAGUCCAGACAUAUUGCAUCCUUAAUGGCUAACGCUGUCUGGUCAGAUAAAGUACUCCAGCUGCUCCACCGAAUGAAUAACUUUUAUUUGCCAGGUUCUUGUCGUGCAAAUUGCCUGCGUUUUGAGGUGAACGGAAGCAAAGUUGGUUGGAUCCUCCCGCACGUCGCUUCACUGUUGACAGGCUAUGGAGAUGUGUUCAAAUCAACACAAGGGGGCGCCCUGUCCCUGUGCGAGAGCUUGGAUUCGUACACGAAACGAUCAGAGGCCGUGGAUGAUGUCCUGUCGGUGCUUAGACAAGAUCAUUCAUUGCACUGCCUGAAAGGAUGGAGAGAUGAGAGGUACAGCGUUAUGGACAAAUUCUCAGACUCACCUGUGAUGUGGAUGGAAAGAGCAGCUACCAGUCUUUUUGGCAUCAAGCGCUAUGGAGUCCACAUCAAUGGAUACACCGUUAGUGAUAAUGGGGAGGUCAGCAUGUGGCUUGCACGGCGUUCCCCCACGAAACAGACCUAUCCUGGACUAUUGGACAAUAUAGCAGCAGGUGGUCUGGCUGCUGGCAUGAGCAUCAAGCACACACUAGUGAAAGAAUGUCAGGAAGAAGCAUGUAUCCCACAAGCCCUUGCAGAGAAGGCCCGCCCUGUGUCCACUGUAAGCUACACGUAUGAAGAUGGAGAGGGGGUGUUUUCAGAAAGCCAGUUUGUCUUUGAUUUGGAACUUCCUCCAUCCUUCAAUCCCAGAGUCGGCGAUGGAGAAGUGCAGGACUUCUACCUUCUGCCCAUAGAUGAGGUGAAGGAACUUCUGGCCACUGAAGAUUUCAAACCAAACUGUGCUAUGGUGGUGCUGGACUUUCUCAUUAGACAUUCAUUUAUCGAGCCUGACAAAGAGCCAUUUUACCAAGAUUUUGUAUCCGGACUCCAUCAAGCGUUAUAGAACACGUCUCCACCAUUUAAGGCCAACGGCAUUGAUAGAAAUCAAACAGCAGGAUUGUUAAAAGAUGAAAAAAAAAUUAUGCAGCGUUAAAAUUGAGAAUAUGAAGGUAUAGUAGAGCGUCACUGCAUAUCAUGUGAUGUAGUGGAGAAAUAAUGAAACUCAAUGGUAUCCACAUCGAAUGGGAAUGUACUACAUUUGCUGCAUCAUUGAAUAACACAUGAUGUGAGGUCAAAACUUUUAUUACACCAGUAUAAUGUAUUCAUUAGGUUAUUGUUGAGGUUGUUUGAUAAACAUGAAAAAAGACAUUGGGAUCUCUAAUUCAUUAACAAUGCAUCCCAUUUCACAACUUGAAAAUGAUCUUUUAUCACAAUGAGCUUUUUUUGUAAAUUCUGUGGAUUGGAGGUAAUCUAAGCAAGAUAGAAUAUGACAUGGAAAACAUGAGAGACUUAAACAUUUUCACAGACUGUACUUCCUCAUGUAAAAGCUGGCAAAUUGUGUCUAAUAAGGAAAACAAAUGCUAGAAUUUGCUCCCUCCUGUCAUUCAGUCACAUAAAGUUGCACAUUGUUUACCAUCGAGGCCAAAUGACUAUACUGGUGUGUUUAUAGUCGCUGUUCACUGUGCAGAGACCUCAACCAACCACA